GUGGAGUUACAGCCAGCCAGCCAAAAGUUACCUACAGCCCACUCCCAACGGGCGCAAGAACCCCUCACUCACUCUCACUCACUCACUCGACAGAGGCGUGACUGACUCAAACUGAACUCAUAUCGCGUUGAGAGCGGAGCAGAGGAGGGCGAACCAUGGGCGAGGAGGAGAAGGCGAAGGAGGCGGCGGCCCCGGCCGACAAGGCCAAGGAGGCGGAGGAGAAGAAGGACGAGGCGGCAGGAGGGGAGGAGAAGAAGGAGGAGGUCCCGCCUCUUCCGCCGCCGCCGCCGCCGGAGGAGAUGGUCAUGCGGGUCUUCAUGCACUGCGAGGGCUGUGCGCGCAAGGUCAAGAAGAUUCUCAAGGGAUUUGAUGGUGUUGAAGAUGUUAUUGCAGAUACAAAGGCACACAAGGUGGUCGUUAAGGGAAAAAAGGCAGCUGCUGACCCAAUGAAGGUGGUAGAACGUGUGCAGAAGAAGACAGGCCGCAAGGUGGAGCUUCUUUCGCCAAUGCCACCACCGAAAGAAGAGAAGAAGGAAGAGGAGAAAAAGGAAGAACCUGAGCCACCAAAACCUGAGAAGAAAGAGGAGCCCACGGUGCUCGCUGUGGUGGUCAAGGUGCAUAUGCACUGUGAGGCCUGCGCUCAAGUGAUCAAGAAGAGAAUCCUCAAGAUGAAAGGAGUGCUAUCUGUAGAGUCAGACCUGAAGGCUUCUCAAGUCACUGUGAAGGGUGUGUUCGAGGAGGCCAAGCUGGCUGAUUAUGUGUAUAGGCGCACUGGCAAGCACGCUGCUAUCGUCAAGUCUGAGCCGGUUGCAGCUGAGAAUGUCGAUGAUGGGAAUGCCAAGGACGACAAGAAGGCAGCCGAAGGUGGGGAGGACAAGAAGGAUGAUGGCAAGGAGGAAAAGAAAGAUGGUGGAGAUGCCCGUGGAGACGAGAAAGAAGCGGAUAAGCAGAAGGAUGAUGGCAAUGCUGGUGAUGAAGAGAAAGAUAAAGACCCUGGCGCCGUUGCUAACAUGUAUAUGCACUACCCAAGGUUCAAUCAUCCGAGCGGAUACAGUUAUGCCUGCCAGUACCCACCUCAGCUCUUCAGCGACGAGAACCCAAAUGCCUGUUCUCUGAUGUGAGAAAGCCAGAACCAAGUGAUCUUAAACGCGAAAAUAAGAGGGAUUGAGUUAUCCCCUGAUUUUGGAGGGCUCAGGAAGUCUAGAACUUUUCUUUUCUAAGGUUGAACUUCUAUCUGGUACAAAGUAAACUCAGGGCUCGUUUGUGGACACCAUAUUGUGUAAGCUACUGGUUAGUAGGAUUUUGUGGUGUCACCUUUGGCUUUUAUUUUUGUACAAAGAUGUAUUAUAUAUGCUAGUUUUGAAAUAGAUUGCUGUGAGUCUGUAGUCUGUUAUCUGGAAUAGACGUAACUUUCUCAGUUAACAUUGCCA